CAAAUAAAUUUUUUUUCGAUCGUCCUAAACAAAAAUACCCAAGAAAUAUGGUAAAGCUUAUCCAAGUUUCAAUUCUCCUCCUUAUAGCUUUAUGCUUCUUGUCCCUUUCUGGCUUCGUUUACUCGGAAGAUGUACCCCAGCCCCCAGUUUCUCAAUUCCACAUUCAGGGACAAAUUUAUUGCGACACAUGUCGUGCUGGAUUCAUUACUGAACUUAGCGAGUUCAUCCCAGGUGCUGGUGUACGUCUCCAGUGCAAAGAUGGUAAGAAAGGAAAUAUAACAUUUACUGAGGUAGGUUAUACAAGAGCAGAAGGACUCUAUAGCAUGCUCAUUGAACGCGAUCACGAGCACGAGUUUUGUGAAAUCAAAUUGCUUUCAAGUAGCAGAAAAGAUUGUGAUGAAAUCCCUAUUGAAGGAUGGGUAAAACCAUCGUUGAGAUUUAUGCUUAACACAGUAAAUGGUACCACACGCACGAUAAAACCUCUUGGAUUCUUCAAGAAAAAGGCCCUUCCAAAUUGUCCACAAGUCUUUAAUAAGUUGGGUAUGUAUCCCCCAGAUCUUUGAAGGGCAAAACGAAGAUGUUAAUUUAUUCCGAGACACUUAAUUUCCUCGCUUUAAUGUAAUUGAAUAAUUGUUUGUGCCAUUUUGUCAAGGCUAUUGAUGGCCUAAUUAAAGUGCCUAGUAGUAUAGAAUAAUUUUACUUUGUAAUUUUCUGUAAAUUCCCAGGAAUUUCCUUGUGGAAAGACAAUAAAUUUGUGGACUCUGAGAUAAACAUUAAUUCUAUUA